UGAUGAUGACACGCCACUUGCUCUUAUAAAGCAGCACGUGAGCAUCUCUGUAAAAGACUGAAAAUUUGAGGAUGACGUGCCCAAAGGAUCUGUGGCAUUUGGGGCUGAGAGAGCGCGCUUCUCUCACUGAAUCACAGCGCUGCUGUGAGUAUGUGCUCUUCAUAAGCGAGUUACUCCUUAUUAACGAUCUGAGACCCGAGAAAUUCUCCUCAUCAUCUUAAUACUGGCAGCGAAUAUCGACGAUCUCAGCGCUGAACCGUGCGCGCGACCUUCAUUCAGCGGAGUGGUGUUAAGCUGACACCCGAUGUAAGCGGUGUCACCCCCGGGGUACUUUUAGGAUGCAGAAAUCACCUGUGGAGAAUGCCAGCUACCUCUCAAAAUACUUCUUCUGGUGGACAAACCCCAUAAUGAGAAAGGGUUUUAAAGAGAAACUGAGGCCAUCGGAUGUUUAUCAAGCUCCUAGUAAAGAUGCUGCAGACAUCCUUGCAGAGCGUUUGGAGAAAGAAUGGGACAGAGAAGUUGCAUCUGGAAGGAAAAAGCCCAGUCUACUAAGAGCACUGGCACGAUGCUUCAUACAGCCUUUUCUGUUAUUUGGCUUCCUCCUAUAUAUAGGCGAGGCUACAAAAACAGUGCAGCCACAGCUUUUAGGGCGGAUAAUUGCGUCAUUUGACCCGGUCCAUGAACCGGAGAGAGCCAAUGGUUACUUUCUUGCCUUUGGUCUUGGCUUGCUAUUCAUUGUCCGCUUUCUCCUGCUCCAGCCUGCCAUGUUUGGGCUGCACCACCUGGGCAUGCAGAUCAGGAUCGCACUGUUUAGCAUAAUCUAUAAAAAGACCUUGAAACUUUCUAGCCGAGUUUUGGACAAGAUCAGCACAGGUCAACUGGUCAGUCUGAUGUCAGCCAACCUGGGCAAGUUUGAUCAGAGCCUGGGUAUGGCCCAUUUUGUAUGGAUAUCACCAUUGCAAUGCAUCCUGUGUACAGGGCUUAUCUGGGAACUCAUUGAUGUCAAUAGCUUCUGUGCACUUGCCGCUAUCUCUUUGCUGGGUGUCUUUCAGGCCUUUCUCUCGCAUAAAAUGGGUCCUUACAAAGCACAGAAGGUGCUACUGACUAACAAACGGUUGGCUCUGACAUCAGAGAUCAUGGAGAACCUGCAUUCGGUGAAGGCCUAUGGCUGGGAGGAGAUAAUGGAGACCCUCAUCAAGAACAUUAGACAGGAUGAGGUGAAGUUGACCAGGAAGAUUGGCUCCUUGCGCUACUUCUACAGCUCUGCAUACUUUUUCUCUGCCAUCUUUGUGAUUGUGGCCGCAAUCGUGCCUCAUGCCCUCAGCCGUGGUAUCAACCUCCGUCGCAUAUUCACCACUCUCUCCUACUGUAUGGUGCUGCGCAUGACUGUCACUCGACAACUGCCCGGCUCCAUCCAGAUGUGGUACGACACCAUGCGGCUUAUUUGGAAGAUUGAAGUGAGUCCACUUUUGUGCAAGGAGGAAUACAGGUUAAUGGAAUAUGAUCUCAGCAUCACAGAGCUGGAACUUAAAGAUGUGACUGCUUCUUGGGAUGAGGGUCCUGGUGAACUUCUGGAAAGGAUAAAACAGGAAAACAAAGCUAAUGGCCAACACAAUGGAGAUGCAGGCCUUUUCUUUACUAACCUAUAUGUGACUCCCGUACUGAAGGACAUCAGUUUGAACCUGAAAAAAGGAGAGAUGUUGGCUGUUACUGGGUCUAUGGGAUCUGGGAAGAGCUCAUUGUUGAUGACCAUUCUUGGGGAGCUGGUUCCAUCCUCUGGGAAGAUCCGACACAGUGGUCGAAUCUCCUACUCCUCCCAAACAGCCUGGAUCAUGCCUGGCACCAUUCGAGACAACAUCCUUUUUGGUCUGACCUAUGAUGAGUAUCGCUACAAGAGUGUGGUCAAAGCAUGCCAGCUUGAGGAGGAUCUGGCUGCUCUUCCUGAGAAGGAUAAGACGCCUAUGGCAGAGGGGGGUUUAAACUUGAGUGGGGGUCAGAAGGCACGUGUAGCUCUAGCCAGGGCUAUUUACAGAGAUGCUGAUGUUUACCUGCUUGACGCACCAUUUACUCACCUGGAUAUUGCAACAGAAAAAGAAAUAUUUGACAAAUGUCUGUGUAAGCUGAUGGCCUCUAAGAUGCGCAUCUUGGUAACAAAUAAGAUUGAGCAUUUAAAGCGGGCUGAUAAGAUCCUACUGCUCCACAACGGUGAAAGCUUUUUCUAUGGCACCUUUUCAGAGCUUCAGUCAGAACGGCCUGAUUUCAGCUCUUUGCUUUUGGGUUUGGAGGCCUAUGACAAUUUCAGUGCAGAGCGCCGCUGCUCCAUCCUCACAGAGACUCUCCACCGUGUCUCGGUGGAUGAGAGCGCAGGCAUGCGACCUGAACGCUCAGCUUUUCGCCAGGUGGCCCCAUCCAUGCCCGUGUACAUAGCUGAAAGAAAAUCUUCAGUUAUUGUCAAUACUCUCGGAGCAGCUCGUAAGGCGUCCUUCAUUCACAUACCUGAAGAAGAGGUUCGGAGGACAUUACCUGACCGUAAGUUCUCCCUGGUACCAGAGAAUGAGCUAGUGGAUGAGUCCUUUAUGGGAAGUGACGUGUAUCAUAACCACGGAGUGCAUAUGGCUGGUCAGAGGAGGCAGUCGGUGUUAGCUUUCAUGACCAAUGCACAAGGCCAGGGCCGUCGUGACCAACUUCAGUCAUCUUUCCGCAGACGGCUGUCCGUCGUGCCUCAGAGCGAACUGGCAUCUGAGCUGGACAUCUAUACUCGCCGCCUGUCAGACAGCACGUAUGACAUCAGCGGGGUCCUAGAGGAAGAGAACACUGAGGCAUGCUUAGUUGAUGAAAUAGAUGAAAAAGAGGAGGUAUUUGAAACAACAAAGUGGAACACAUACGUCAGAUAUGUGUCAAAUAAUAAAAGCCUUCUCUAUGUUCUGAUCUUCAUCUUCCUUAUUGCUGCAAUUGAGGUUGCAGGAUCUGUAGCAGGGAUUUUUCUGAUAACUGAUGAACUUUGGAAUGAAGAGCACCAACGAGUUGAGCCAAAUAUGACAAAGUACUCCAAUAUGUCUUCACCUGGAAAAAACUAUGCCAUCAUUGUGACCCAGACAAGCAGCUAUUACAUUCUCUACAUCUAUGUGGCGACGUCAGAGAGCCUCCUCGCGAUGGGAUUUUUUCGGGGUCUUCCAUUUGUGCACACUAUGAUCACAAUCUCUAAGAAACUGCACCAGAAGAUGCUGCAUGCUGUUCUCAGUGCACCCAUGUCUGUGCUCAAUACCAUGAAGACCGGCCGAAUCAUGAAUAGGUUCACCAAAGACAUGGCCACCAUAGAUGACAUGCUUCCUCUCCUCAUGUUUGACUUUGUCCAGUUGACUGUGGUGGUGGUUGGAUGUAUUCUUGUGGUGUCCAUCGUACGGCCGUACAUAUUUCUCGCAGCAACUCCCCUGGUUAUUAUUUUCAUUGUGAUGAGGAAGUACUUUCUCCGAACGGGUCAACAGCUUAAACAGCUGGAGACAGAAGCUCGUAGCCCCAUUUUCUCCCACCUCAUCAUCUCGCUGAAGGGUUUGUGGACCAUCAGGGCCUUUGAGCGGCAGGCCUACUUCGAGAACCUGUUCCACAAGACCCUCAACACCCACACGGCCACCUGGUUCCUUUACCUGUCGACCCUUCGAUGGUUCCUCUUCCGCUCCGACAUCAUCUUUGUGUUCUUUUUCACGCUGACCGCCUGGAUUGCGGUAGGAACCAACCAGGAUAAACCUGGUGAGAUUGGUAUCGUCAUAUGCCUUGCAAUGCUCAUUCUAGGCACCUUCCAGUGGUGUGUUGCCACCAGCAUUGCGGUAGAUGGAAUGAUGCGUUCUGUUGACCGGGUUUUUAAGUUCAUCGACUUGCCGUCUGAGACGCCCAAACUGGACAAAAGCAAAUGCUCGGAUCUAAUUAUUGAGAAUGUCGAUGCACAGGCUGACUCAAGCUGGCCCAACCGUGGUCAGAUUGAUGUGCAGAAUUUAACAGUCAAAUACACAGAAGGGGGUCACGCUGUCCUCAAGGACCUCUCCUUCACUGUGGAGGGCAGACAGAGGGUGGGUAUCUUGGGCCGAACAGGUUCUGGGAAGAGUUCUCUGUUCAAUGCUCUCUUGAAGCUGGUUUACACAGAUGGUGAUAUCUCCAUCGACGGGGUCAACUGGAGCAAAAUGCCGCUUCAGAAGUGGAGGAAAGCCUUUGGUGUGGUGCCUCAGAAAGUCUUCAUCUUUACUGGACCAUUCCGCAUGAACCUAGACCCUUACGGUUGCCAUAGUGAUGAGGAGCUGUGGCGGGUCACGGAGGAGGUGGUCGGUCUCAAGACAGUGAUUGAGCAGUUUCCAGAUAAACUGGACUUUCAGCUGGAAUACGGAGGUUAUGUACUGAGCAAUGGCCACAAACAGCUCAUAUGUCUGGCUCGCUCCAUCCUCAGCGGAGCCCGCAUCCUCCUCCUGGAUGAGCCUAGUGCCCACCUCGAUCCAAUAACAAUAAAGGUGUUAAAGAAGACAUUACGACAGUCUUUCUCCACAUGCACUAUAUUACUGUCUGAACACAAAGUAGAACCGCUGCUCGAGUGCCAGUCUUUCUUGAUGAUGGACAAAGGUCAGGUGAAGACCUACGAUUCCAUUCAGAAGCUGCUGAAUGAAACCAGUCACCUAAAGCAGGCCAUAAGCCCAGCGGAGCGCCUUAAACUCUUCCCUCGCCGGAACUCCAGCAUGCGCACCCCUCAGUCCAAACUCAGCUCUGUUACACAGACACUGCAGGAGGAGGCAGAGGACAAUAUCCAAGACACUCGUCUCUGACCGGCUCAAACUGGAAUUCAUACAGAAACAAUCAAGCUUACAAUGGUCUCCAAAUGGUACAUAAUAUUGGAUGACCUAUCAUGAGAACAUUUGACAUUUAUUAUGAAAAAGAUAUGCAUUUUUUUCUUAAUGUCACAAGAGGUACUCAAUAUCCUCUCACAACGGGACACACAGUGAGGCCAGGAAUAACUGAACACUAUAAAAAAUUGUAUAAUGUCACUUUUAUGAUUUAUCUCGGUUCUUUUUUAUUUGAUCAAAUCAAAUGUAUUAUUCCCUUAUUUUUCUCAGAACAUUUAAUUUAUUAAGUUAACGCGUGACCAACGUCUGGCAUCCUUUGAAAGCGCAGCAAAAUGAGAUCAUAUGAAUCAUGUAAAUGGCAAAACAAUUACUCUAUUUUCUCAUUUCUUUGUGCUUAUCGUGGAACUAGGAAAGGCACAAACAAAAACUAUGAUGAUUUUAAAUUGUAAAUAUAUAUAAAACACUUUUCUUUGAAAAAAAUAUAAUUUUUUUAACUCUUUUUUUUUUUUUUUUUUUUUUGUGUGGUCACCAGGAAUGGCUCAUUCCACUCUUAUCUUAUGUUAUAGUGGGAAGCUUCAGAGGAGAGGACAGAAACAUAGCUGGUGGUGAUAAAUGAUUCAGUUUCAAACAAACACAGUGUUAGCAUUAGCUGUGUGGAGAAAGAAAAGCCAAACGCUGAGGUGAUGUCUAGCAUAGUGCAUUUUUAAUUGUUGUUCUUGGAGGAAACCGGACAAUUUCUCUGAACCUCAUCCAACAACUAUAAUACAUUUAAACAUCAGAGGUCGACUAUAAUCUCUUCUGUACAUAUGAACAAUACUGACUUUAAAAUAAUACUUGUUUAUCCUAAAUGUUCAAUAUAGAAGACAAAUGAAAAGUUAAUGCGUGCCGCUUCAGAUUUCAUAGUUGGGUUUCACAAAGUCAAAGUUCAAGCCAGUCACUGAGCACGCAUGAGAGUAAUUGAAAAUACUAAUUAUGGCUUAACGGACAAAAACAAAAUAUCCUGUGUUCGCGAUGGCGGUACUUAUUGCCACAUUCAGUUCAUUUGGAAACAAGUGAAAAAAUAUGAACCAAAAUUUAAUAUUACAAACAAUAUAUACAGGUCUCACUUUCCCUUCAAAAUUCCUCCAAUGUACAAGCGCAAUAUCACACACACGCACACACACACACACUAAUCUAUACAACAUUUAAGUUCCCAGUUCUUAUUUACACAUAUUUGGUAAAACCCUGAUUUUCAACAGUUUUUAAAAUUCACCUUUCACUUAUUUAAACAUAAAACAC